AUGUGCCAUAAUGGUGGCCUGCGUCGUGUCCCAGGAGGCGAACCGGCGCCCACUUUCGCGCUCCAGUCCACGCGGAGGCUUUUCGUGUAUAUAAGGGGCCGCGCGCGCCGUGGUAGCCACACACCGACCAUCCGUGUCAAAACACCACCACCACCAACUCCAGCAGCAGCAGCGGCACACGAGAUCAUCUACGACUACGUGGCGCCGGCCAGCUACCGGUUCGACUACGCGGUGCGCGACGGCCACACGGGCGACGCCAAGACGCAGUGGGAGCACCGCGACGGCGACACCGUCCGAGGCGCCUACUCGCUCGUCGACGCCGACGGCACGACGCGCAUCGUCGAGUACACCGCCGACCCGCACAACGGCUUCCGCGCAGAGGUCAAGCGCCUGGGACACCCCGCGCCGCCGCCCCCGCAGCCAAGUGCACAGACAUAUAAAUCAGAUUAG